AUGUAUACUGUACCAACACAACAGCAACGCCUAGCUAAGUGCAAAGCACAAACAGCAAUGGCGAGCACGGCAACAACUGUAGCAAUGGCUCUCGUCGUGCUCGCAGCCGUGUCCUCUGACGUCCUUCCCGUCGCUGACGCCGGCGCCGGCCUCAUCUCCAGGACGUGCAAGAAGACCAAGACCCCCGCGAUCUGCGUGGCCAUGCUGCGCGCCGACCGAAGGACCGACGGCGCCAUGAACCUGUACGGCCUCGCCAGCAACGCGCUGCUGAUCGCCAUCGACACUGUCUACAACAACACUAGGGUAAUCGUCGACUUGCUGUUCGAGGGCAAAGAGGGCACGCCGGAGGAGGAAGCGCUGGCCGUUUGCAAGCAAGCCUAUCUCGAAGCCGGCAACGACCUUGAGCUCCAAGCGCGCCUUGCCCUCGACUUUUUGGACUAUGCCGGCGCGUCCAAGGUCAUCUUGCUCGCCAAGGACGCCGGUGAUAUGUGUGAGGACGCGUUCAAGGCGAUCAAGAAGAAGUCCCCCCUGGCCGACUUGGAUCGCCAGAUGAGAGAGCGCUGUGGUGUCACCGCCGACCUCAUGGAUCUGCUUGCCUCCAAGCGAUCGGAAUAA